AUGGAGAAAUCAGGAUCCAGUUUGUCCUUACCAGUUGCUGGAAUACAACGGCGGCCGGCUCCUCCUCGUGCUCAAGCGACUCCGCAGGAUGCUCCCCCAGACUAUACGGAGCCAUCGACUGCUCUCUCUCAGGAACCAUCAAGUCCACGAGCUCCCGUUCUGUCCAAUUCCUAUCUUCCUCCAGUAAACUUUGCCCACUAUCAUAUCCCUGGGUCAAGCUUAUCGAAAGAUGGACUCACCAUCACUGUGGCACCUUCAGAGCUCAGCUCCAAUCCAGAGGCUUUGACAAGAUUUAUAGUCCAACAAGCUGCAUUGCCGCCUAAGCCAGAGGUGCGCAUAGUCGGGGUAAGGGAUAUUACCGGCGUUCGCAAGCUUGAUUUCGAUAUCCGGAUAAAUAUGUUGAGCCAAAUAGUCCGCCCCCCUGGCCCGUCUUCAUCAUGGAACUACGUGAAGAUUGUUGGCAAUCGCCCUGGCGGUUCUCCAGGAGGAACUGUUGGAGACAUUGCUACUUUUGCUGAUCGGUUUUGCAGAGACCCGGCUACUAACAAAACCUUCAUCCUAACCCGGGAAGUGAUCAAUUGGAACACUCAGAUCUUAGAGGGCCGACUACGGACACUGAUAGCCUCACUGAACUACCAAGGCCGUGUCAUGAUUACUUUUCCUUCCACACAUUCCAGUGUCGUUGUUCCAGGUCCAAAAACAAAAAAUUCAUUCUAUACCCAGAUUGUAUCUCUAUUUAAGAAUCCAAAGCGGUAUGAUAUGGUGCGGUCUAUAUGGCCAUACGCAAACAUGGCAGGCUCGGAAACGUCUGAUGAUCCACGAAGGGUGUGUGCUGUCCAAUCAGAAAACAAGUGGUGGGAUGAGUGGAAGAUGGUUAUUGCACAUGCUAUAAUUGAUGGAAGACAAGGCUGGGUAUCAUUAGACGACUUGAUUGAGCUUGCCAUGAGUCCAGUGAAAGAGCUGAAGGCUAGGGAGCAGGGAGAAAAAAUCGGAAUGGAAUGA